CUCGAUUAGCAUAUAUUAGAAUAGCCUCUUCUAUUCCUAUAUCCGAUCUGUGAGCACAUUUUACUGCAGCGUUUUAUGUCGUGAAAGUGUGGCUUCCUUUUGUGGGUGCUUCCGUAUUAGUUUUGUGUCGAUCCCAUCAUCCUUCGUUGCUCCUAACAUCACACAGUAGACCGAGUUGUGUUGCGGUUCGUUAAAUGUGCUCCUAAUUCCCUAGUCGCUGGCUUCCACACCACGAAUCUUCCAUAUUAGUAGCUCAAUCGAAACGGACCAGAGAAACGGUUUCACUGCGCAAAGAGACCUUACUGUUUAGGAUGGCGUCACCCUUCCGUUAUACGCACGCAAUUACGGCCCGCAUUCCACUAUCGCUACGAACACGUGGUGAAAUCGACCUAGAAGAGGCCAAAUUGCAGCAUGAAAGCUACGUUAAGAUGCUGCGUGAUCUAGGAUUAGACGUGAUAGAAUUGCCACCGGACGAAAGCCUUCCUGAAUGUCCGUUUGUUGAAGACUGUGCGGUAGUGUGUAAUGGGAUUGCAUUAAUCUGUCGCCCUGGUGAUCCUCAUCGAUUACAGGAGGUCGAAGCCGUGCGGGCUGUGCUCAAGAAGGAAUUGGAUCUUCCGUUGGCUGAGAUAGCCGACCCGAACGCUAAAUUAGACGGUGGUGAUGUAUUGUUCACAGGACGAGAGUUUUUUGUGGGACUCAGUAAGUGGACCAACGAGGCUGGUGCCCGAGCGGUUGCCUCCGCCUUUCCGGAGUAUCCCUGUGUGCCGAUCAAGGUCACUGAGCACCAUCAUCUGAAGUACUAUAUCUCGAUGGGUGGUUCCGAUGUGCUUUGCGUCAGCCGCGGUAAAGAAUCGCAAGAAAUUCUAAAGCGUAUCGAACGAGAAGCCACCUUUACGUACCAAACGCUAACAUUGGAAGAAGAAACGGCAUCCAACGUUCUGUACGUCAAUGGCACGCUGGUGACUAGGGCUGUCGAAGAAAUUCCCGUCUCGGCACAGAUCUUGGCGCAAAAAAUUGACGCUCCUCGCCAAAUGCUGUUCAUGUCGGAACUGGGAAAAUUUUCCAAUGGGCUUACUUCUUGCUCCAUUCUUGUAAAGCGUUCGAAACACAUCAAAAGUCUCUAGGCAGGGCUUCAGAUUGCUGCUGGAGUGCAGGUGGUCUUCACAAUGCAUGGUAGUGAAAAUUACUGGCGCCUUGCUUUUGGGCAACUUCAGAUUAAAAUCGGGUGACAGUCGUGGUUUCUUCUACAUCCUUAUCCGUUCUUAACGAGUGCUAACGCCGCCAUGCAGAAGAGUCUGAGAGUUUUUUUUCCCAAAAGAUCUAUUUAUUUUUAGCCCGUUCAUUAUUUAUUUGCAUGUUCUAUGUGUACGGGUAUUGUGUCUGUCCUUUAUUACUUUAGAUUUUACUCCACGCACACCUAAUCAUAUAAGGUUGUGACACCGUGUAACCGUUGAUCAUCGAGUGAGCCAUGUGCAAAAUGAUGCUCGGAGCUUUUUACGAACGUUAGAUCCAAGCUUCGCCGUCUUUGUCAGUACUAGUCACUUGAACUUAAUGGAGCAUACGAAAUCAACGCCCCACCCGGCCUUGAUGCUGGCAAAACAGAUUUUUGACAAAGAGCGAAACAAGAGGUAAAGAUAGAUCUGACAA